AUGGCUAUACUCAAUCUCCCCCAGAUCCGUUACCACGGCCCCUGGAUCCAAAUGCUCAUCGCAGGCAUAGGCGUCGGCGCCUCCGCCGGAAUCUACGUCGCGCUCAACCUUCUCGGUGCCGGCGGUGGCAGACCAGACUCGGCGCAAGUCGUGCAAGUCGUCAAUGCCACGCUCUGCGCCGUCUGGUUCUUCUCUUCGUCUUUUGGUGGCUCUAUUUUGAAUAAACUGGGGCCUGGGUGGACCAUGUGCCUCGGCGUACAGACGUAUGCUGUUUACGUUGGCUCGCUAAUUAUGAUCGUGAAGAGAAGGGCGCUGUGGUGCCGAAUCAUGUUCUAG